GCCCGUGAGGUGGGGCCUCACGUCUGGCCCCAUCUCGUCCAAGGUCACGACCCCGUCGGCUAGACCGGAAACAGUUCCAGCCGCGCGGCUGAUGAAGUUUCAGCGGUCUCAGACUUCUGCCGGACAGCGGAUGCCGAGUACCUUUCGACCGCUACUGUGCCGACGCUCAAAGACCUUCACUGAGUCCCCUCGCUUCAUCGCCUCACAGUCUAGACAACCAUCAACAUCCGGUGGUCUCUGUGUGAUGCCUCGCAGUCACGUGAGCGUGGCCCGCUUCUACGAUUGGUCAGAUGACGAGAGCUACUCCGUAUCGAAGCUGUACCGGGAGAUCGCCAACAUCCCCCAGCUGUCCUCCGACCGGCUGGCCGGGCUACAGUGCCACAUUGUGCCUAGCUAUGCCCUGUCCCCCCUCAGCCCACUCCGCAACCCCUCCGUCAGCCCGGGGCGGAUGUUCCUUCGUGACAAAAAGGCUCUGACUCGCGGAGAAAGGGAGAUCAUUGAGGGUAUUUACAAAAAUAGAAGCGAUUUCGACUCUAAAGUAACAGGGUGUGCCACAGACCUGCAAGUGAAGAGCCACCAGGAUGCAUGGAGCAGGAAGUCCCCCGACCAUCACUGUUUUAGCCGGGUGCUGUUGAAAGGGGAGAAGAUCAGCGGGAAAACUUCAAAGCAGGAUUCGUCCGAAAGCCCACACCUUUCUACCAGUGACCAGUCGAACGCCUCCACGCCAGACUCGCUCAGAAUUCAACAAAACCACAGCAAAACAAAGCCAGGCCCGGGCACUGUACGGAACAUUAACUGCGGGGUGUGUCAGUCGGAGAUUCGUCCAGUUGCCGACAGCAGAACGAAACUUCUCAAUAACAACUUCUGGGAGUCCAGCCCGGCCGCGCCCCCUUGUACGCCUGAAAGCGCCACCUCUCGAGGCCAACCCAAACAAUUUCCUGUGUUUGAUAAACUUCUCAGUGCCAGACAAAGCAUGAACACUAACCCUAACCUUCUAGCGGUUAAAUCCCCCAGGGGGUACAAGAACGGACACACGAACGGAUAUUUAAACGGACACUAUUCAGAUUCAACCAAGCUCCCAAAUCUCCGCGAACACGGUUCAAAUCAGAGUUUAAUCAGACAAAGCUACUCACCGGUUCCUGCGAUAGCUACACACGACGAGAGCUUGUCUCAGAUACAGGGACGUGAGCAAGACACUGGCCAGAUUUUGUCCGCUGGUGAGGCCACUCACUCAUCCGACCUCUAUGGGACGGCCAACUGGGUUCUGCAAAAUGACCGCUACGAUAAAGGCGUCUACAGGCCGGACGGCGUCAGGAGAAAGGUUCACGUCCAGGUGUAUGUGCCCACAGCCGGUGAGGAUCACGUGGAUGAUGACGUCACGUGUGUGCUGACGAAGGAGAGGCCGUUGAGUCACAGCAAAUUUAAACAUAGGUCGUCAAAUGAGUCUGUCAGUGACAGAGCAUCCACAGUGACAGGGUACCCACAGUGACAGGGUACCCACAGUGACAGGGUACCCACAGUGACAGGGUAUCCACAGUGACAGGGUACCCGCUGUCAC